AUGAUGUUUUCUAUGUCAAGAUUCCAACAAGAGGAUCAAUAUGAGGAUCAAGGAAGCUAUAAGCCACAAAGGAGAUGCUAUGAUGCUCAAUCUUUCAAUGGUUACAACUAUGGAUACUUUGAGGACUAUAGCUCACCUUCCCCAAGAAAAUAUAGAACUUCACAAGAGGAAAAUCGACCAAGAAAUCCAGCACCACUUUGGGCUCAAUAUGAUGAUCAAGAGAUGGCUUAUGAUGAUUAUUACAAUCCAAGGAGAAACAAAAGCCAUUAUGAAGAGCCUCAAGACCACAAUCAAGACCAAUAUGAAGGAUACGAGGACUACAUACCCCAAGAAGGAUACAAUGAUGCUCAAUCAUAUGGCCCUUAUCUAAGUCAAGCUCCACCUAUAGAAGAUGGAUAUCAUAAUGCUCCAUCACAAAAUCUCUAUUCACAAAAAGCCUACCCUUAUAACUCUUACUCCAAAAACAUCCAACACUCACAAACCCCUCAAAAUGAAAAAUAUUUCCCAUACACUCAAGAUGAAUAUUACCCUUCAUACGCUCACAAUCCUCAAUACCCUCCAUAUUCUCAAGAUCAUCAAGACUACCCAUACUACUCCAACCACUAUAAGGAUGAGGAGUACACGAUGCAAGCAUAUGAGGGGGAAAGCAAGGAAGAAAUGAGGAACCAGAUCUUGGCAAUGUUGGCAGAAUUAAAACAAGAUAUGACUCACUUCCGACAAGAAUGGAAGCAAGAGUUAAGUCAAGAAAUCUCAUCCCUAAGGCAAGAAAUCGCCCCCCUAAAGCAAGAGACUAAAACCUCACUUAGGGAUUUGGAGAAUCGAAUUGCUCAAGUGGCUAUGUGGGCAAAUGAAUGGGAGAACAUUUGUGUGGAAGAGAUGAAUAUAAGAGAUGGGGUGGUAGAGAAAGAGAUAGAAGAUGAAAGUGAUGAAGAUUUAGAGAACGUGUGGGAUGAUGAAGAGCUUUGUGGUGACACUUUUGAGCCGUCAAAUGGAGUUGAGAAAUUGGAUGCCUUAGAGGAAGGAGAGUGUGAAAAAGGAGUUGAGGAUAGCAAGGCAAGUGUUGAUAAUAUUGAAGAGGAUAUGGAAGAAAAUGUGUCAACUGAGAAAGCUAGUGGCAAAAUUAAUGAAGAAAAGAUAAGAGAUGAAAAUUUUGAAAUGGAAAUAAAAUAA